GCAUUGCCUUUACCAUGGCGGAGUUGAUCUCUUUCGUAGUUCCUACCCAGAGCGACAAAGUUUUGUUGGUGUGGGAGCUGAGCGCUGGUCCCCCAGCCGAGGCCUUAAGUCAUUCUCUGUUCACAGUGUUCUCCCAGUUUGGCCUUCUGUAUUCAGUCCGAGUCUUCCCGAACGCUGCAGUGGCCCGUCCUGGUUUCUACGCCAUCAUCAAGUUUUACUCUUCGAGGGACGCACAGAGAGCCCAAAAGGCAUGCGACGGGAAGCCCCUUUUUCAGACAUCACCAGUGAAGGUUCGUCUUGGCACCAGACACAAGGCACUGCAGCAUCAGGCCUUUGCCCUAAACAGCUCACGAUGCCAGGAACUGGCUAAUUACUACUUUGGCUUCAAUGGAUGGUCAAAAAGGAUCAUCAAGCUGCAGGAGCUCUCUGGACUGAACGAUGCAGCUCUCGAUGUGCCCAUGCAGAAGGGGAACCCCCAGUUCUUCUGUGCUGUAGAGGUGGUGCUGCCAUCCUAUGGGUGCAGGAGCCCUGGGGUUGGCAUCUCUGAGGAGCCUCUGCGCCAGCUGGAGGAAGGACAGGCCUCAUUUCUUACAAAGAGGAAGACCGCUCAGAAGCUCGCCUUCCAAGCGGCUAUAGCAGACGCCCUCCAGAAGCUGACCAUCGUGGUUCUGGAGAGUGGCAGGAUCGCAGUGGAGUACAGGCCCACAGAAGAGGAUCUCAAUGCCAGAAGUGAAGAAGAACUGCAAAAUUUAAUCCAGGUCAGCUGCUCUCCUUGGAUUCAGUCCAGCCAAAGGGAGGAAGAAUGUCUCUCGGAUUUCAGCCUGGAGGAGGAAGACCUGAAGCUCUGUGAACUGCACUAGAAGCUCUGACCGUGUCAGACGACCUGCCGACCUGCCGUCUGACUGAUAAGAAGUACAAUCCGUGGGUUGCUGGUAUCCCUGAACACCGAAGUGUGAAGCCUAGGUCUAUGUAGGAGGGCUCCUUGGGGGAGGUCUAAAGGAGGCUUGAGCCCUGUCACUAAGGUGGGAAAAGGUUCCCCACGCAGAACGGAACUGCGUCCCAUCGUAAUAAAGACUGCCGAACAAA